UUUCAGGCAGCUAAAAGCCUCCGGACUAAGAGGUGUUCCCCACACGACAGCCAGACUCCUUGAAAUACCCUUUCAGUUAUUCUGCCAACGCCUCCAUGUCUCUGCUCUGCCAUAACAAAGGCUGUGGGCAACAGUUUGACCCCAAUACCAACCUCUCUGAUUCCUGUCGCUAUCAUCCUGGGGUCCCAAUCUUCCAUGAUGCACUAAAGGGAUGGUCCUGUUGCCGAAAGCGAACUGUAGAUUUCUCAGAGUUUUUAAACAUCAAGGGCUGUACUAUGGGACCGCAUUGUGCUGAGAAGCUUCCUGAGGCCCCUCAGCCUGAGGGCCCUGCUACAAGUUCACUUCAGGAACAAAGACCUCUGAAUACAAUUCCAAAGUCAGAAGAGACCUUGCUCAGAGAGAGGCCCAAGUCAGAGUUACCUCCAAAGUUACUGCCACUAAAUGUAUCUCAAGCCUUGGAAAUGGCAUUGGAACAAAAGGAACUAGACCAAGAACCUGGGGCAGGACUUGAUAGUAGUCUGAUCCGGACUGGUUCCAGCUGCCAGAACCCAGGAUGUGAUGCUGUUUACCAAGGCCCUGAGAGUGAUGCUACUCCAUGUACCUACCACCCAGGAGCACCUCGAUUCCAUGAGGGGAUGAAGUCUUGGAGCUGUUGUGGCAUCCAGACUCUGGAUUUUGGGGCAUUCUUGGCACAGCCAGGAUGCAGAGUUGGUAGACAUGACUGGGGGAAGCAGCUGCCAGCAUCUUGCCGUCAUGAUUGGCACCAGACAGAUUCUUUAGUAGUGGUGACUGUGUAUGGCCAGAUUCCACUUCCUGCAUUCAACUGGGUGAAGGCCAGCCAAACUGAGCUUCAUAUCCACAUUGUCUUUGAUGGUAACCGUGUGUUCCAAGCACAGAUGAAGCUCUGGGGGGUCAUAAACGUGGAGCAGAGCUCUGUCUCCUUGAUGCCAUCUCGGGUUGAAAUCUCCCUGGUCAAGGCUGACCCAGGAUCCUGGGCCCAGCUGGAGCACCCUGAUGCACUAGCUGAGAAGGCUAGGGCAGGGGUUGUAUUAGAGAUGGAUGAGGAAGAAUCUGAGGAUUCAGAUGAUGAUCUGAGCUGGACAGAGGAGGAGGAAGAGGAAGCGAUGGGGGAAUAGUGACACAAGAAGUUGAGUAUCUAGUUAGGACCUCAGUGACUCCCUUAGAAUCUGAGACCAGAAUAUGGUUGACAUUUGUCAUUGAGCAGCAGGAGGCUGAAGAUGGGGAGAACAAAACUGUCCAAAACAUGCUGUUUUUUCCCUUAAAUAAAUCUUGUAUUCUGCAGUUUCA